ACCAGUGCGGGAGUCUCCGUGGGGACUUGCACGUUUCAUCCCUCCCACUUUUCUUCCUGAUACUUGAGGCUGAGGUACGGAUCAAGGUCCAGUGGGAGCAGCCCAGACAUGCCCACUUUUUACGUUGCGCACUUCUGAGACAGUGAGGAAAGUCGCCUGACCUUCAGCUGAAACCGAAUAUGCAAAUGCGCCUUUGAUUGUAUCAUCCAAAGGCGUUAUAUUCUCACGAUAAGUGGAAGUGUCUACAGUUCAGAGAUGGUGCUACAGAGGGUUUUUCGAGCUGUCAUCAUGGGACCCCCAGGGUCGGGGAAAGGAACAAUAUCUAACCGCAUAACGAAAACUUUUGGACUCAAACAUGUUUCAAGUGGAGACAUCUUAAGAAACAAUAUGAACGCAAAGACGGAGCUGGGUCUUCUGAUGAAGGCCUGUAUAGAUCAGGGUCAGCUGCUUCCUGAUGAUGUGAUGGCUCGGCUCAUCCUCCAUGAUUUGCGGGCACUGGGCAAUGACAGCUGGCUCUUGGAUGGGUUCCCCCGUACAAUCCUUCAAGCUGAAGCUCUUGAUGAUGCAUACAGUGUGGACUCAGUCAUCAACCUCAAUGUUCCAUUUGACACCAUCAAAAAGAGAUUGUCCUCACGAUGGACACACACAGCCAGUGGAAGAGUGUAUAAUAUAGAUUUCAACCCUCCCAAAAUCCCUGGUUUAGAUGAUGUGACAGGGGAGCCUCUAGUCCAGAGAGAUGAUGACACUCCACACACAGUUGCACGCAGACUCAAGGCCUACGAAAAUCAGACAGAACCUGUCCUAGAAUAUUACAGAAGUAAAGGUGUAUUGGAAACCUUUUCUGGUACGGAAACCAACAAGAUAUGGCCACAUGUUGAGAAGUUUCUCCAUAGAAAACUCUCUAUACUCAAUAAAAAAGUAGCAUAAGGGAGUUACCAAGGCCAUUAGGGACACUAACAUGUAAAACAACUCCUCUGCAUUGUCUCCUUUUUGAUAAGGCAAUGGUGGAACACACACAGGUACAUGGUACCAGAAAGCAAUACUACAACAUCAAUGUUGUUUUAACAUUGCACUAUUUUUAUACAUUCUGCAGUGUGCCUUCAUUAAGCCUUUGAUUGUGCUUAGAGGGAUAUUUGAUUGUGUGGCAUUACUUUAAUGAUACAGUAACACUCCAGACAGGACCAAGCUCCUUGACUGUCUUUGGAUAGGCACUAGUGCAGAUUUUAGAGGGCCUUGUCCAUUUCCAAGCGAAGAUGCCUUUUUAAAAAAAAAUAUUCAAAGCUCAUUGAAUGUAGUUUAUAUAAAGUUAUUGAGACAUAAUAUAUAUGUCAGAUACUAAGACAGUUUAAUUGGGGGGGAAAUAGCCUUGUUGAAAGUUGCCUUCAGAUUUAACCCAUUUUGCAUUGUAUGUCCAUUGCAAAGUCUUUGAAAGGACCACUGAAGUCUGCCUUGAACUCUGAAUGUAUAUUUUGAAUACAGUUUUGUCACGACUCUUACAUGUUCAUUAUUUAUAAGAGGUAAUAAAACCUGUGACACAUCAGUUGUUUUUUGAGUUGAGAUUAAAUUUUAUUUGGUAAAAAAUA